AUGCAUCUAAUGUGUUUGGCUGCGCUGUUUGUGGUGAACGUCUUCCUGGCCGUCACCAGUAGCGUCGUCGCCCUUGCCAACAUCCCCCGCAACGGGUGGUAUGACUGCCCCCUCAGCACCUUCGAGUUGAAGCCACCUAGUAAAGAUUACAACGCUACAGCAAAUUCCCUGUACAACGAGGAGAAAAAACGUAUCUCCCGCGUCUUUACCCAAUGUGCGGUGUUCGACAUGCCCUUUUGCCACAACGACACGUCAUGCACUCCUGCUCCCGGCAAGACGAUGCCGCUCUUUGUGAAAGGGAUACCAGCGUCCGUCGAGGGAAGCAAGAAGGCGCUAAUCAUGCUGGAAGGCGGUCCAUCCGUGUCGUCAGCCACCUUGGAGUCGCUCAUGAACAAAUUCCACCGCGAGCUGUCUGGUGCGUUUCACAUCUUCACCGUGGACCAUCGAGGCACGGGACGCAGCGGGCUCUUGGACUGCCCGGCGGCCCAAGCGCUGAGCUUUGGAAGCCGCUACAGCAACGAAAUCGCAUUGCAAGAAGUCCCAAAUUGUUUGCGGGACAUCCAUCACCAAUUCGGCACCAAUGCCGCGGCCGCGUACUCCGUCACGAACGCAGCGAAGGACUUGGCCGUGCUGAUCGAGACCGAAUUGGCCGAUUACGACGUGUAUCUGCAUGGGUUCAGCUAUGGCACGAUGCUACUGGAACGCGUGAUGCACUUCUCGCCGCCUCAAGUCAAGGGCUACAUCCUCGACAGCAUCGUCGCCGACCACCGAGAACCGCAAGGGACCGGAAACAACCACGUGUUUAGCAGCUGGGACGACGACCUCAAGGACGUGAGUCAGCACUUCCUGGACCUGUGCCAAAAGGAUACGGCCGUGUGCGGCAAACUCCUAGGCGAAAACGCUACCGCCACCUUAUUCAACCUGUACGACACGCUGGAUUCGAACGCGUCGGCAUGCUCAACUAUCUUUUACGACACACUCGAGAUCAAGCCGUCCAUUAUUCUCCGCGUGUUCUUUUUCAAGCUUCUCCGCGACUUGGACCGCCGCAAGUUCAUCCCGACGUUUGCCACCCGACUACAGCGCUGCAAUGCCCAAGACAAGGCCGUGAUCACCGCGAUUCUAACCAAAAAUGAUCCAGUCGACCAUAGAAUGGCCUUGGACUCCAACAUCAUCCGCGACACCAUAGUGUUCGCGGAGCUGUGGCAAGUUCCCACGCCGUCAAUGGAGGACAUCAUGCAGCAGUACCUGGCGUCGCCUAUGGCGAAGUCCGACCCGGAUGAUGUCGGGCGGUAUUGCCUCUUCACUGGCUCCAACUCGUCUGCGUGUGAGCCGUGGGUCGAUAUGAACGUCCCCCCCUGGACAUACACCCCGGACAAGUACUUCAACAAAACCGCGGCCAUUCCCAUCGGGGUGUCUGUGCUCGGUCUCACGGGCAACUUGGACCCCAUGACCACGUCAAAGCAUGCCCGACGACACUUUAAAAACAUGAAGGGCGACAACAAGAAACUGGUUGAGUUCCCCGUGGCAGUUCAUGGCGUCAUUGGGAACACCCCCCUGUCGGACAACCCCACUGAUCCCGACUGCGGCUUGCUUGUGGUCGCCGAUUUCCUUCUCGCCAACGGCGCGCUGGACGCGAUAAACUUGACCUGCAUGGACAAGGUGCAGCCUCUCAAUUUCGACAUCCCGGACGCCUUGGCCCUCGAGCUGUUUGAUCUGGACGGCGGCGCCAUGGACGGCAAAAUACUCAACCCCGCGCAAGAUGCCAAGGAUUACAAAUCCAAGUAUACUGACAUGAAGGUGUACAAGUCCAAGUAUACGCAGAUGAAGGUGGGCGUGAUUGUCCUCAGUUUUGCAGUCGUCGGCCUUGGUGUUUAUGCGUUCCUGAAACAUCGUGAAGCCAAAGCGACGCGAGGCAAGUACGCAGUCUACGAAGACGCGUGCACGGGCAACGCUUCUUGA